AUGCUCCCAAAACAGGAACCGAGGAGUACCUCCUCAACCGAAAAUCGGCAUGGGAGAUCUGAAAAACGAAGAAUGCAGAACGAAUUUUUGCCGUGUGUCCAUUCAUGUAACAGUCCGGACCAAGAAGAAGCGUUGCAAUGCGGAUUACUUCACAAAGUGCAUCCAGAACGCUGCAAAGGAAACGCUCCCGGCUCAAAUGCCGCGAAAAAGUUUGCCUUUGCAUCUGUGGAGACAAGACCCACGUACAAUUCUGUAUGUGUCGCACGCAGCACUGAUGACUUCAACCAGGAAAAGCGUCUUAGAAGGAAGUUGCGUCGUCAACUGCAACAAGACCGCGAUAACAAGUGGACGUCAAAGGCGAUGGAGUUUGAAGUUUGUGGGAGGACAAGAGCCCGCGGAAAGCCUAUGCUUUACUAA